AUGGCUUCAGCAGAGACUGCGCCGGUACGCGCUCAGACUCUAUCUACACUCCUCGAGAGUCUCGGUUCCUGUCUUACCAGCGCCAGCUCUUCCCUCCCGACCGCUCACAAAGAUGCGCCCACCGAUGUUUCAAUCGCGCCGCCCCAAGACGGUAUCUCGCUUCUCGAUACAAAGAGCGAAAUCCUCCUCUCCUACCUGCAUAACCUCGUCUUCUUGAUUAUAUUCCAACUACGGCAAAAAAAGUCGGACGAGGCCGAAAUUGAGGUCGACAACACUCUUCGGGACGACGUUGUGAACAAAUUGGUUGAACUUCGGGUAUUCCUUGAUCGCGGUGUUCGGCCUUUGGAGGGACGGUUGAAGUAUCAGAUCGACAAAGUCAUCAAGGCAGCAGAGGACUCGGAGCGAACAGAACGCCCUACCAAAUCUAAAAAAUCGAAGAAGGUCCGCGAGACUGCCAAGUCCGGUAGCGACGAAGAGUCCGAGGACGAUGACGAGGCAAGCGACAGUGAGGAUGAAGACGAGGAAGAGGAUAUGGAUGAGAUGGCAUAUCGCCCCAAUGUUGCGGCACUUGCGAAGGGCAAGGUGGAACAGAAGCAGCCCCAAGCCAAGGCCAAGGCGGCCAGAGAGGAGCCUAGUGAUGGCAUCUAUCGCCCACCGAAGAUCAUGCCGACUGCCCUUCCCACUACUGAACGUCGUGAGCGCCAGGAUCGCCGGCCCCGUCGGUCUAAUGUUAUCGACGAAUUCGUCAGUGCCGAAAUGUCCGCUGCACCCAUGGCCGAGCCCAGCAUCGGUAGCACCAUUAUUGCUGGUGGACGCCAGACCAAGUCUAAGAAAGACCGCGAGCACGAGGCCGAGCGAACCCGGUACGAAGAGACCAACUUUGUCCGUCUUCCCAAGGAGACCAAGAACGAACUUGCCAAGCGGGGUGGUGGCCGUCGCGAUGCCACAUAUGGUGGCGACGAAUGGAAGGGUCUUACCGAGGGAGCCGAUCGCAUUGAGCGCCUUACCCGCCGGUCGAAGAACAGCGGCUCUGUUCUCGAGAGGAGUCGGAAGCGCAAGAACGAGGAUGGACAGCGCAGCGACGGUGUGGCGGUGGGCGACAUCUUUGACAAGCGUCGCAAGAAGAUUGACAGCUGGAAGCGGUAA